AUAAUUUGCCAAUGGAUCAAGCAAAAGCCAUUGGGAACUACUCCCAAAAUAAUAAUUAUGGGCACAACCAGCAGGGGUUCUACCAGCAGAGAAAUCAGCCCCAACAAAACCAACAACAAAGUCCUAGUGGAGGCUCCAAUAUCCAAGCUGAUUUAUUGCUCCAAUUCAUGAUGGAGACUAGAGCCUCUAUUAAAACUCUAGAAACUCAAAUGGAACAAUUGUCUACUCAAGUGGCAAACCAAGCUCAAGGAAAUUCACCUAGCACUAGUGAGGCAAAAGGAAAAGAGCAAUGUAAAGCAAUUUCCUUGAGGAGUGGAAAGAGUUAUGAAGGACCUAGUGGCAAGCAACCAGUUGAAGAUGGGGUUCAGGAUCAACAGGCACAGACACCGGCACCAAAGGAAAAGAAGGCUACUGAUAGCCCUGCACCACCACAACAGUCUCCACCAAUCAGUAUUGAUCAUCAUGUGAAGAUACCUUAUCCUCAGAGACUCCGAAAGACCAAUCUAGACAAGCAGUUUACAAAAUUUCUAGAGGUCUUCAAAAGACUACACAUCAACAUUCCUUUUGCUGAAGCCUUGGAACAAAUGCCCCGUUAUGUGAAGUUCAUGAAGGAAAUAUUGUCUAAGAAGAGAAAAAUGGAGGACUAUGAAACAGUGGCAUUAACUGAGGAGUGUAGCGCCAUUUUGCAAAAGAAACUACCGCCCAAGCUUAAAGAUCCGGGUAGUUUCAAUAUUCCAUGCUCUAUAGGGGGUUCAGUGGAAACUAAAGCUCUAUGUGAUCUGGGAGCAAGCAUUAAUCUAAUGCCGUUGUCUGUCUUCAAAAGGCUAGGAUUGGGAAAAGCAAAGCCCACAACAGUGACUCUACAACUAGCGGAUCGUUCUCUAACUCAUCCUCGUGGCAUAAUUGAAGAUGUACUGGUGAAGGUUGGUAAGUUUAUCUUCCCUGCUGAUUUCUUAAUUCUUGAUAUGGAGGAAGAUUCAACUAUUCCCAUUAUUUUGGGAAGACCAUUCUUGGCCACGGGUCGAGCAUUAAUAGAUGUUCAAAAGGGGGAGUUAAAGUUGCGAGUCCAAGAUGAAGAGGUCAAUUUUAAUGUUUUUGCCCCAACUGACAUUCCUACCUGUUGCAAGAUUGAGGUGGUGAAGGGUUCUUUUGUUAAAACUGAUAAGAAGAAAGCAAAGCCUAAAGAGCGACUUCGAACGAUUCAGCGUCGUUGGAAAAGAUUGAUGUGUGGUAGUUCUGAAGGUGAGCUUACUCUUGUGCAAAACUCUGAAAUCAACACUAUUGGUGGUAAAUUUUCUUCAUUUAGUGCGAGGGCUCUUUUGAAUGCAAAGGGUGGACUUGAUCCCUUCUGAUGGGGCUCAGGUAAGUUUCUCUCACCCUGGUUUAUUUUCACACAUUGGGGACAAUGUGCAUUUUAGUUUGGGGGGGGGGGGAACUUAAUUUAUUUUUUCGCGUUUAUUUGUUUUAGUUUAGUUUGUUUUAGUUUUUUUUAGUCUUUCGCGAUAGUUAAAUUGAAAGAUGGAUUAAAUUGUUGUUAUUCACUUGUGCAAUGGAUUGAAACAUAACUGUGUGCUUGACUUGCAACUGUUUGAAUUAAAUUGGAUGUGUGUUAGGAAGUGAUUCAUGUAGAUUUAAAACAUUUGCUAUUUUCACAUAUCACUUUUGUUCUAUUUGGAUUGUGGAAUGACUGAUUGAACAUGAAAUAGAAUUUGUUUGACAUACUCUCUUGAAGCGAAAUCCUUGAUGAUUUUUGUUUGGAAAGUGAUUUAGGCAAGUUUUCUUUGGAACGAUUGAGCCUUUCAAGCCUGCCUAUGAAUUUUUUACCUUAGUAUACCCAAAG